UAACGUUGCAGAAUUCAAAUGAGACCUCCGAAUGCGUAGCCUUCCGAAACGAGACUCAGUCAUAGGUAGAGUAGAUAAUUAGGUUGUGGGUUAGGGUACAAGUUUCAUAAGACUAGACACAGCAAUAAUGUAUCCAAGUUUAAAAAGCCACGCCCAUAAAUCUGACUCGGAGCUUUGUUUUUCUUCAAUGGUGUGCAUCUUUCCUGAAAUACACCAUUCCUGAAUUACACCAAGCUUGAGACUUGGAUUCACCUUCUACUGUUGUAAGAAGCAAAAUUUGCGCUAAUGGCGGACCACACAUACUCCGCACAAGAGCCGUUAGAGCGUCAAUCUGUUCGUUCAAAAAAGAGAAAAUACGACGCAGCAAGGAGAAGUAGAGACAAAAAACGUCAGAAAACCCGAAUAAACAUCGGCAUGGCUUUUCCCAAAUGGAGGGCACUGAAGCAGGAAAAGGGUUUGCUAAGCGACGCCGAAGUUGCAAGCUUUCUGCUGGACCGGUAAGUUUGUCUAAUUUCCGCUAUAUAAGUGAAGUGUUUGUUUGAUAGCUUUAGCUAAUAGAUGAGCAUGAGCAUCAAGUGAGUUUUUCUUGUUUUUAGCACUUUGUUAUUGUACUAUAAUUCCUUUUUGCAUGGCCGUGUGCAAAUCAAGUUAGAAAUCAUUUUUACAAUCAUAAUUUGCAUACAUCGGGUGUAAACUAUAUUAUAAUACUGCUUAGCUUCUGUGCAUACAAAUGUGUAAUUUAAUAAUUGAUAGGAUAAAAUCCAAACUUCCACGUUGCAUAGUUUAUCAGUAAUACAGUGUCAACGAAGAUUUGAGAAGAUACAAUUGAUCAAUUGGGGUGAUGCCUUACUUUAGCAUUAGCAAGCGGUUUAAAUAGGCUGUAUGUUACGAACCAAGUUACCGUGCCAAAAAAUGCUAUGCAAAAUAAGCGAAUACAUCACUGACACAAUGUUAUACAAGUAACAAUCAUUUUCACUAUAACGAUUAGAGUAAAUAAUGAAUUAAGUCAAUUUAAUUAAUUUGUUUUUCUUUGUAAAUAAACCUCGUCACUUGAUUUGCAAAGGUUACUCUCUGCUGUCUCAGACGACGACAUCUCUGUCCUGUGUCCGUAACUUCAGUGUGUUGUUCGCCUGUGAGAUGUAGAUUGCAAUUAUCAACACCACCGAUAGUGGCCGCUAUCAUUUAUUGAACCCUUUUGUCCUGUGACGGCAACCGUAGCUACUCUAAUAGAAGGGAGAGGAUGGUGGCGGAGCUUUAGGUUGCAAUUUCAAACUACGCCAAUAGUGGUCUCUGUUACUUACACAGUUCACCUUUAACGACCCAAUGGAGAUCUUUCCAAAGAUUGCCGAGCGAUAUGGAGGCGUGAGCACGCUGUACCUUGGAAGAAGACCCUGUAUACUGCUCACUGGAUAUGAGGCUUUCAAAGAGGCCUUUGUGGAACAGGCAGACGUGUUCACGGAACGGCCGUUCUUCCCUGUAAAUGACAGAAUCUGUAACGGGAAAGGUCUGAUCUUCUCUGGUGGCCACAUGUGGCACCAGCAAAGGCGCUUCGCUGUGGCGACGCUGAAAUAUUUUGGUGUGGGAAAGAAAACCCUGGAAAACUCAAUUCUGGAAGAGUGUCAGUUUGUUUGUGAGGCUCUGCUGGUUGAACGAGGUCUGCCGUUCAACCCUCAUGACCUGUUGAACUGUGCAGUGGGGAAUAUAAUAUGCAGUUUGGUUUUUGGCUACAAGUUUGAAUACGACGACCAACGUUUUUAUCAGCUGUUGAAGUACUCGGAUGACACCUUUAAACUGCCCAUCAAUAGAUUUGGUCGGCUGUAUAACGAGUUUCCAACCCUGAUGUCCUUUCUGCCGGGGCAACAUCAGACGACGUUUGCCAACCUUUCCAAGCUUAAGGUCUUUUUUCAGGAGGAAAUUCAAAAACACAGAGAAGACCGAAACCCAUCCAGUCCCAGAGAUUACAUUGACUGUUAUUUGGAUGAAAUUGAGAAGUCUAAGGACAGCGAAGCGGAGUUCACAGAAGAAAAUCUGAUCCACUGUUUGCUGGAUCUGUUUGGAGCGGGAACAGAAAGUACCGCUAAAUCACUCAGCUGGGGUUUGCUCUAUAUGGCCAAGUACCCAGAAGUGCAAGAGAAAGUUCAGGCAGAGAUCGAUCAUGUGAUCGGACAGACGCGUCAACCGCUGAUGGAGGAUCGGACGUACCUGCCGUACACUUACGCUGUGAUUCAUGAGGUUCAAAGGUUUGCAAACGUUCUUGCCUUCAUUCCGCCGAGAGUCGCCUGCAGAGACACAACAGUGGCCGGAUAUCUUAUUCCCAAGGGUGUGAUGGUUCUUCCAAUGCUGAAGCCUAUCCUAGAGGACAAGAAAGAGUACAGCGCUCCACACGAGUUCAACCCAACGCACUUCCUAGAUGAAAAUGGCAAAUUUCAGAAGAGAGAAAGAUUUAUUCCCUUCUCAAUAGGUAAGAGGAUGUGCUCAGGUGAGCAGCUGGCUCGUAUGGAGCUCUUUCUCCUCUUCGUCUCUUUGAUGCAGAAUUUUACCUUCCUGCCACCUGAGGGAGAAACUCUGAGUCUGAAAAGGACGGUGGCCAUCGCAUCUGCUCCUGAACCCUUCCGUAUACGUGCCAUACCUAGAUAAUGAACCUUACUUAAAGUGAUAGUAAACCCAAAAAUUAAAAUUCUUCUGCAGAACACAAAAGAAGAUGUUUUGAAGAAUGUUGGUAACCAGCACACAUUCACAUGCAUUGGUUUUGUUUCCCUACAGUAGAACUCAAUGGUUGCUGGCGCUGUUCUGUUACCAACUUUCUUCAACAUAUCAGUUUUGUGUUCUUUGGAAAAGAGAAAGUCAAACAGGUUUGAAAGGACUAGAGGGUGACAGAAUGAUGACAGCCUUUUUAUUUUUGGGUGAACUAUCCCUUUAAAAUAGAAUAAAUGACUUAACACAAUAGAUCCUUUUCAAGCAGUUUGUUUGACAAAGGGUCUGCCAAUCAUAACGCCGAUAUUAUGUUCCCCGUGACUGACUGCUAUUUUGUCCAACAAACAAACCAGUCCAACAAACCAUGCGUAGUAGAGCUUUGGGGCCAGUUGCACCAGCUGGUAGUACAACCAGCCGUAAAACUAGUCUGGACUUUAGUCCUGCGUAGAAUUUACACCGAUUGCACCACAAAGGCAUAGUUUACAUCAGAUACUAAACCUUACGUCUAGUCAGAGGAAGCCGCUUUUCCUCGAACCGACCGUCAUGGACCAGAAUGCAUUUGCAAGUGGAAUUCUGCUUUUACCUCUUUGGUGAUCUGACGUUUUUUGUCGUGGCGGUUUUUAAGAUGGUCUUUCUUUUUGUUUGUCCUUAGCAAGUGCCACUUGCACACAGUUAACAAGUGGAAAGUUAGGUUCCAGCUGUUCACCUGCCACCUGCCAUGUGUCUGCACAGUGUAUGUGAUGACGUAAGGUGUCUGCGUGAACAGGGUCUGCAGUGGGAUUCAAAAUACGUUGACUGAGAAUGUACACACUAUCUAUCAAUGCGGUUCUCCAAUAUAAUGAUUGGGCAACAUUAUUUUGGUCCUACAUCUUUCGCAGACCAUAUAUAAAUAUAAAAAUGUCCUCGGGGAUGCGCAUUGUCUAAAAUGAGCGUAGCUGAUCCUGGUCGUAGUUUUAGAUGGCGCAACAUGUUUAAAUAUUUAUCACACGUCUGGUCGUAGUUAAGUCAGACAUUGGACUAACCAACUUUUUAUGUCGAGCUGGUGCCAUCAGCCCCAGUUGAUUAAUAUGAAGAAAAAAAACGUUUUAUUUAUUUUAAUACUAUAUAUAUAUUUUUUUUUUCUGUGCUAAUAUUUUAUCGUUUAGAAUUGUGUGGAAAAAACACUGAAAAUAAAACUCAAACUUAUUGUAAUUGCAAUGUAUGUUGGAAUCUGGUUGGCUGAAUCCUGGGGAUCACGUUAGACACCUCAGCCAAUCAUAAAACAGCCUCUAGACUACUUUCCUGCUUUCCGUAGAAGGUUGCAGACUUUCCAUUUUUCUCAGUUUCUUUGGAAAUGUGGAUAUGACGCCAUUGACAGACGUGUCAAUACGUCCAAAAAAUUUACUUGUCAUUUGUUAAAAUGCUGAUUUUCUCACAAUUUACAAAUAGUUGGAAACAUUUGGGAUAUUGUAAGUACUCAACUGAACAAAAUAUAUAACAUCGGCCUAGUGGUUUUUGGAUAUUUUACUGCAAAAAUGUUACAUAUUGUACCUUUAAACUAAAUGCUUGAAUUGUUUGAAUCAGUUUUCUGCAUUAUCAUUACUUAAAUCUUGCAAAUAAUAAUGCAUGUCAAAUAGGGAAAGAAUUUGGUAACUGUAACUAAGAAACACAUUUUAGUGAAUGUAUGUGACUUAAGCAAUUGUUUCCCAACAUUUACCACACCGCAAAGAGAAAAAAGAGAGAGAAUCUACACAAUUUAUACUUUGCAAAAUCUUUAUUUGCUUUUUUUGUACACUGCCUAA